AGAUGAAUGGGAUUUGUUUCCUGCUUGCCGGAACAGCCCAGCUUAGAACAGAAGUGUACAUAGUCAUGAACAGACAAGCGUGCUGGGUCUGGUGAUGAAGAGACAGAGAGGGUUCUGUAAACAAAAUCCCAUUCUAGAUUUGUAGGAUGGUGGUUAGGGCCAGUCUUUCAGGAGGAAGCAGAGAACUGAAGGUGUCACAGGACUUGGCCAGGCCUUCAGAGGGAGCAUAAAGCAGCCAGAGAGAACAGUGUGGGGAAAACCUCUAAGCUACUGAGUGAGAAUCAGCCUAAAGAUACAUUGGUGUGGCUGGAGAGAGGCAAGUAGGCUGUCUACUAAGAAUGUUAGUGAAAGGAACUGUAAGGAAGACGAUGCUGGCAGACAGUGAGCAGCUUUCCUAGUAGCAGGAGGCUGAGGGCCCUAGCUUUGUAGUCACACAGCUGUUCAUUUGAGUCCUGGCUCUGCUGCUUCCUGGCUGUAGGAGCUCAGGCUUUACACUGUGUGGUACCAUGCAGCCUUUACAGUGUGUGCUCCGAGGACAGAGGGCCUUUCCCUGGGGGCCAGUGGCCUCGGUGUCCAGGCGGCUCAGGACCUGCAGGGCACAUGGAAGUCUCUGCAGUACUCUGCGUCCUGGUCCCGAGAGGCUGGAAGAUCGAGUGCGGAAGGAUUUCAGCUCCAGACUGGCAGACGGACCGACUUUCCAGCACUUUCUGAGGAAUGCCUUGCCCUCUGAAGAGAAGCCGCCUUGCCCGGAGGUGGCAGAUUUGCCCCCCUAUCUCGCUGUGGACCAGCUUCUGGGAAAGCAGAGAAAAGUCUACCUUGAGACCUAUGGCUGCCAGAUGAAUGUGAAUGACACAGAGAUAGCUUGGUCCAUCUUGCAGAAGAGUGGCUACCUUCGGACCAGUAACCUCCAAGAGGCUGAUGUGAUCCUCCUUGUCACCUGUUCUAUCAGGGAGAAGGCUGAGCAGACCAUAUGGAACCGUCUCCAGCAGCUGAAAGCCCUGAAGACAAGGCGACUGCGCUCCCGGGGACCUCUGAGGAUUGGAAUUCUAGGCUGCAUGGCCGAGAGGCUGAAGGCGGAGAUCCUCGACAAGGAGAAGAUGGUGGACAUCUUGGCUGGUCCAGAUGCUUAUCGGGACCUACCCCGCCUGCUGGCGGUCACCGAGUCAGGCCAGCAAGCUGCCAAUGUGCUGCUCUCUUUCGACGAGACCUAUGCUGAUGUCAUGCCAGUCCAGGCGAGCCCCGGUGCCACUUCCGCUUUUGUGUCAAUCAUGCGAGGAUGCGACAACAUGUGCAGCUACUGCAUUGUUCCUUUCACCCGAGGCCGGGAGAGGAGUCGGCCCAUUGCCUCCAUCCUGCAGGAAGUGAGGCAGCUUUCUGAGCAGGGACUGAAAGAAGUGACACUUCUUGGUCAGAAUGUUAAUAGUUUUAGAGACAGUUCAGAGAUCCAGUUCAACAAUGCAGUUUCCACCAACCUCAGCCGUGGCUUCAGCACCAACUAUAAGACCAAGCAGGGGGGUCUCCGUUUUGCCCACCUUCUGGACCGAGUCUCCAGGAUAGACCCCGAGAUGAGGAUUCGCUUCACGUCUCCACACCCCAAGGAUUUUCCUGAUGAGGUCCUGCAGUUGAUUCACGAGAGAGACAACAUCUGUAAACAGAUCCACCUGCCAGCCCAGAGUGGAAGCAGCCGUGUGUUGGAGGCCAUGCGGAGAGGAUACUCUCGGGAAGCUUAUGUGGACUUAGUUCACCAUAUCAGAGAGUCCAUUCCAGGUGUGAGCCUCAGCAGCGACUUCAUCGCCGGUUUUUGCGGGGAGACGGAGGAGGAUCACCUGCAGACGGUGUCUCUGCUUCGGGAAGUUCAGUACAACAUAGGCUUCCUCUUCGCCUACAGCAUGAGACAGAAGACACGAGCGUAUCAUAGACUCAAGGAUGAUGUUCCAGAAGAGGUAAAAUUAAGGCGUUUGGAGGAACUGAUCAUUGUCUUCCGGGAAGAAGCUACAAAAGCUAACCAGAGCUUCGUGGGCCGAACCCAGCUGGUGCUGGUGGAAGGGUUCAGCAAGCGCUCUACCAGUGACCUAUGUGGCCGGAAUGAUGGGAACCUGAAGGUGAUCUUUGCUGAUGUGGAGAUGGAGGAUGUUGCCAGCCCUGGACUCAAGGUCAGAGCCCAACCUGGGGAUUACGUGAUGGUGAAGAUCUCCUCUGCCAGCUCCCAGACACUGAAGGGCCACGCCCUCUGCAGGACCACUCUGCGGGACUCCUCAGCACACAGCUGACUGCAUGGGCGCACCCGGAUGAGGCAGGGAGCUGUGACUGUCGCUGACUGAGGAGGUAACAGGGCCUUGGGGCCACGCUGCAAGUGCAGGGGCAUCUUCGUGUCAAACACAUCUCCUGGUUGCUAUGUGGAUAGCUUUUUUGGUUAUUAAAAGGAAAUGAAUCUUUGUCUCCACUUUUACUUCAUUAUUUCCCUGGAUGCCGCUCUUGGGGUUUCCCUGCUACAUCUCUGCCAUGGACACUGCUGACUUGUCUGCUUGUCUCCCCUGGAUCCUGGGAGGCCACCACUGUGGACGGGAUGGUAGGGAGAGCUCUUUGCUCUGGGUCUUUCUAAUGUUUUGCUUUGAGGCUUUCGACUCAGCUGCCCAUCACCUCAUUUCAUUCUGUGAUUUGAAAGUCAUAGAGUUACAGGGAGAGGGGGAGAAAGAGAGAGAACUCUUUGAUCUGUGGGUGUACUUCUCAAAUGGCUGCAGUAGUCAGAGCCAAGAUGGUCCCAGCCAGCACUCAGAAGCUUCUUCUGGGUUUCCCAUGUGGGUGCAGGGGACCAAGCACUUGGAUCAGAGGCCUUUAGCAGGGAGCUGAACUGGCAGUAGAUUAACUGGAUAUCAGACCAUUGCCCAAUGGGAUGCUGGUGCUACAGGUGGAGGUUUAGCUUGCUCUGCCACGGUGCUGGCCCCUCAUAUUUAUUUGAAGCAUUUUUUUACAUUCAGGAACUAUCUUAUGCUUCAGAAUCAUCUUUUAUCUUUCUUCUUUCAUCCCAGAAUGAGUCAUUUCUCAGUGGAUCCUUUUAGAUGAUUUUUGUAAAGAAUAGCAUUAAUAGAUAGUAAUAGUAUUAGAUGGAAGGUUAAUAAUAUUUGGCAUAGCAGUUGAGGUGGCCCUUGGGGUGCCCAUAACCUUUACCCAUGUGCCAGAGUUGGAGUUCUGGUUCAGCUUCCAACUCCAGCUGCUUGCCAAUGCUCAUCCUGGGAAGUAGCAGGUGGGAGUUCAGCUGCGUGACUGCUUGCCAUCCACAUGGGGACCCUGAUUGAGUUUCUAAUUCCUGGCUUUCUUGACCUGGUCCAGUCCCUAUGGAUAUUUGGAAUUGAACUAGCAGAUGGGAAAUUUGUCUGUCUCUACCUUUCAAAUAAAUGAUAAUUCUU